AUGAUGAUCGACGUGUUCAGGUGGCCGCUCGGGAUUUUUCUCUGGACCUUCCUUCUAAAUUUCAUUUUCACGACAGCCGAAGGUGUUAAAGAUGCUUCACCGGUCUCGGUCCUCCAUCGAGAAAAGCGAGACUUCCAGUGGAAGACCAUCAUCGUUUAUGAGGAAAAAAACCCACAAAAUCCACCCGAGAAAAUCGGACAGCUGAAGAACACCCGCUCAAGCACACGGACUAGCUUCAAGCUCUUCGGAGAGGGAGCCAACGACAUUUUCUCCGUCAAUACAAACGGCGAUUUGUUUGUCAAAAAGCGUCUGGACAGAGAGAAGAAAAGCAGUUACAAGCUGACCGCUCAGCUCCUCGACGGCAAUUCAGAGAUCGAAACAGAUGAAUUUAUUAUCGAGGUUCAGGAUAUUAAUGAUCACACACCCAGGUUUUCAGAUUCACCCACUGGAUCCAUCGACGAGCGGACAAAGAAAGGAGACUACGUGUUAACUGUGAAGGCGGACGAUGACGAUGAUCCCAGCACGCCAAACGGCCGAAUCGCCUACAAACUUCUGAACGGAACCAGUUUCUUCACGAUUGAUGAAAACACGGGCGUGAUAUCCACAGCGGGCGGGGCACUGGAUCGUGAGAUUCAGAGUCAGUACAAACUGAUAGUUCAGGCGUCGGAUCUGCCCGGAUCGGACGGAGGAAGAUCGUCCACCACGGAGGUGCUCAUCAAAAUAAACGACAUUAACGACAACGUGGCUACCUUCUCCAAACGAAUCUUUCGGUUCUCUGUGAAGGAGGAUCAGAAACCCGGAUUUAAAAUCGGAACGUUACACAUCGAAGAUCGAGACGAGAAAGAAAAUAAAAAACCCAGAUUCACAGUGACGCCUCCUUUUAAUCAGAUCUUCGACGUGGAGCUGAAUGACAAUAACGACGGAGUCCUCACUCUCAUAAAGGGACUGGAUUAUGAGACGACUGCCAGCUACACCCUGACGAUCACAGUUACAGAAGAUGUUGUGGUUCAACGUCCUGAUAAUGAAAAAUCUGGCCUGGCACUCCAGCUGACCCCCAGCGCCCAGAUCUUUAUAACUGUUGAGGACGUGGACGAGCCGCCCGUCUUCAACCAAUCGGAGUACACCUUCAACGUCCUCGAAGGUCAAACCCGAUACAAGGUCAUCGGGUCAGUGUCGGCCAGGGAUGCGGAUAAAACCAGCCACAGGAUCAGGUACUCGAUCGAGGAUCCAAAAAGUCCAGUGGAGGUGAGCAGUGAUACUGGUCAGCUCACUCUGAAGAUAGACCUGGACCGGGAACACCAGCCAUCACACACGGUCCAGGUCACAGCGCAGGAGGAGUCAGAAACCGGGCAAAAAUCUUAUGCAACGGUGAAAAUAAAUGUGCUGGACAUCAACGACAACAAACCAGAACUGGCCAACGAGGGCAACGUUUACCUCUGUGAGAAUGAUGAAAAAGGAACGGUCAUCGGGACCAUCGGCGCCACCGACGCGGAUGAAAAUCCCGGCAAGUUCCGAUUCGCUCUCGCGAGGAAGAGUUUGAACUUCUCUCUUCAUGAUAAUUUCGAUAACACGGCCAACGUUAUUCUGACCCACGGGCACUUCAGUAUGGACAGCUCGGCGGAAACCAUUUUGGAAAUCGAGAUUACCGAUGGAGGAACGCCGCCUCAGAGGAGCGUCACCCCUCUACGCCUGAGAGUGUGCGCGUGCGGGCACGAUCGCCAGUUCCACUCCUGCAGGGAGUACUACAAAUCCGGAAUCAGCAUGAGCGCCAUCGUCGCUAUCCUGUUCUGUAUCGUCGCCAUCCUCGUGAUCGUGAUCCUCUUCGUUCUGCACAAACACUACCGGAGGGCAGCGCUGGUUAACCUGGGCAAACCGUCCAGCGAGAUCCACGAGCAGCUGGUGUCCUACGACGAGGAAGGCGGCGGAGAGAUGGACACCGACGGCUACGACGUCUCCGUCCUCUCCUCGGCCCACCGGGACGGCCGGCUCGGCCCCGACCCCGCGCUCCCGCCCACGUACGCCGUGGUGAACAAACCUCAGGCCUGCAAGGGCGACAUGGCCGUGAUGAUCGAGGUGAAGAAGGACGAGGCCGAUCACGACCGCGACGGGAUCCCCUACGACACCCUGCACAUCUACGGCUACGAGGGAACCGAGUCGCUCGCCGGGUCUCUGAGCUCGCUCGACUCCACGUCCUCGUUCGGGUCCGAGCUCGACUACGACUUCCUGAGCGACUGGGGGCCCAGGUUUAGGACACUCGCCGAGCUUUAUGGCUGUGACGCGGACACCUCGUACUGAUCCCGGGGCCGAGGACUGGACCGCCUGAGCCUCACCGCGUUCAGGAUGAAUCAGUUUGUGAUUGUGAAUCAAAAUAGCGUUUUAUGGCUCUCUCAGCGGGCGUGGAAGUCACCGAUAUAGAUAAUUCUUAUUAUUUUUAUACCUUUAGGUCCAGUUCUUGUUUCAUGCUGUGUAUUAACGAUGUACAGCGAACGUUUAAUCCCUAAAAUCAUGAAAACUUGGAGCCCCUUUAGAGGCGAUACGUCAUUCACAGAGGAUCGUGUUGUGCCCCAUCCUCUCCUCACAGAUUAAUCGACACAUUUAGGGAUCAUUUAGGUUUUUCCUCGUCAGAGAUCCGACAGACAGCGUACGCUUUUCAAAAUGAUAAAGCAGCGCCACGACACCGAAAGAAAACUAAAUUUGUUCAGCUGCUUUUAAAACUGAGUCUUUUUAAAUUGUGUCGGUGCUGCACAGCUCCAUGCUUCCAGUUUCGAUUCCCAACUUCAGUCUCCCUAGUCGGUGUGUCAGCCUACGUUCAGGCCGGUCGCGAUGCGUUUAUUUUCAAUCGGAGCCGGCGAACGUUCGGUAGAUCAUACAAAUUAGUAGUAAAGCGAAGUGGCGAUUACCGAUAGGAAUCGAGCGUUUUAUCUCCGCCACCGUGAAGCACUACACCCCGUUUUUGGUUUCUAGAUCGUCGUCGAUGAAGAGAUCAAGAGAAACUCACCGUCACGUCGUCAGACCCCCACAAACAGAACAGAACAGACGCGGUUCUCUUCUCAUGUUGAUGUACAGUCAGUGAUGGACUACACAGGGAUGAGAUUUAUACACGAGCGAUUUCAUUCCAGGAUCUUUACUCUCGGUGGGAACACGUCUGAUUUGCGGUCGGAUUGUUUUUUCUAGACGAUCUGUAGAUACGAGCCGGUGAAGUACGCCGUACUGCCAUGGCAUUUUUCCUUCCCAAUGAUUCUGGCGUAAUUCUGAUCUAUCAGCGCGCAGGAUAGGAAAAUCAGGACCGAAUAAUAGCGCAGCGUGAGUCAGGAACAGUUCAGCGGUAAUAAGAGCAGCGGGGAAGCAUCUGUGAGGGAAACGGGAAAUGGUGUAAUUGGGCGCUGACAGAAUUAAAGAGCACUACAGGUUUAUGUGACAGAAUUGAUGGACACCUCGACCGCGGCGCGUAUCUCAGAUCUCAGGGGGCUCGUACAGUCCGGCAAUAAGGAAACGCGGCGGCUCUUCAUUACUUCGACCUCUCGGAUCAAGUGUCCACCAGUCCGAGUCCUGACGAGUAAGAGCAGCCUACCUACCAAAAGUAUUAGGACGCCUGACCGUCCGUCUUUCCUGUGUAGCUUUAACAUCAAUCAAGACUCUUCUCUGCAAGAAUUUGGAGUGUCUGUGGGAAUUUGUGCCUCCCGUUUAGUCGGUGAGGUCGGGCACUGAUGGCUCCGAGUAAUUCAUCCCCAAAGUGUUGAGUCGGGUUGAAUGUUCAUCAGGGCUCUGUGUGGGGCACUGCAGUUCCUUUCUAUCUUUUUAGAGGGGCGUAAUCAUGCCAAAAGAGAAAGGGGACUUCCCUAAACUGUUGGCACAAUAUUUAAAGCGCAGCCUUUACCUUUUAGCAUUCGUUUACGCCUGUUAGCAGUGGAUGUGGCAGAAACGACUACUUUUUAUCAUUAGCAGUGGCGUCUACAUACUUUUGGCCGAAUAGUGUAUAAAUGUUAAAUGUUAUUAUGGUUAUUAUUUAGUCACGUCAGGUCCUCUUAGUCACGUUCUGUCUUCUGUUUGAGUCUUCGUGUUUCCGUGUAUCCGUCCAUCUCCUGGCUGGCCGUCCUCCUCCUCUUUUAUCUCGACACUUCCAGGCACGAUUGGUUCUUAUCAAAAUGCGUCCAAAACAAUCGAGCUUCUGUUUGGCUUCCAGUAAGAGAUUCGGUUCGAUUCGGUCGAGGAUCCGCCUUCUUUGCCGACCGUCCAGGGUCUCUCAAACGUCUUUACCAGCACCGAAGCUCAAAGGCCGGACCUUCUUCCUGUCCAGCAUUCUUGAAGAACCACAUCAAAGAGAAGCUUACAGCCUGGAUGGUUCUGAUGUUUGUUUGGAGGGACGAACGGUGACGUCCGAGAUUCUUCUUCAGUUCCUUCGUUUCUGUUGUGCUGAGGUUCAGACUGUGAGUUGUUUCCUGACUGCUGGAACAUUUGCUCUUAAUAAACGAGCCGAGUAAGCAGAAGACGUGGACGUCCACCACUUCCACACCUUCUCCAUCCAUGGUGAAGUCACUGGUCUUUCCUGUUCUCACGACUCUCGUCUUUUUCAUUCUGAGCUGAAGUCCCGGCUCGUUCCGUUCUUUGACUUUCCUGAUAAGGUCCUACAGAUCUUCCUGAUUUUCUGCUCUCUGUGUCGAGUCAGAACCACGUUAACGGCCUCAUAUUUUUUAAACCGGUCACCCUGGGGCAGAUGUGUGAAGAAGGGACGCGUCCUGAUCACCUUCUGAUGAAAAUAAAGACUGAAAUUUUAACUAGAGACCUGAAUCAGAAAAAGUUUUUAAUUUCCAGGACAAACUACAGUAAACACACAUAAUCUGGACAAAAGUAUUGGGACAUCAGUUCUCAUUUUUAAAUGCAUGUGUUUCAACAAAUGUAAUGCCUCAAAGGUUUGCAUAAACAGUUUAGGAAAGGAAGCUCGAUAAAGACACGAGGAAAAGCUCAAAAAGUGAACCAGCACCCAGCCGUACAAACUGAACGGGCACAAAUUCCCACACACAGACACACUUUAAAGUCUUGAUCGAGUCCUCUCAGAAGAGCGACUGUUCUGGCUGUAAACGCUCACCUGUAAUACUGUCCGUUUUCGAAAUAGGACGUCCAGCAAGGUCACAGUCAGGCGUUCGAAUACUUUGGGCCGUGUAGCCAUGUAAGCCGGUGUUGUAAUUCAUCGUGCAUUCUUUAAACCUUUCAUAAACACAAUAACCGGAAACCUUUCCCCUCCUCCCCGUUAGUAAACGCUUCCCUCCAAAUCUGCCGCUUCCUUCCAAGGAAACUCGGUCUUGUUCUCUUAUCUGCUGAGGAAGACACCACACGGGAGUGGUCUUCCUGUUUCUUAUUCCAGACUGGAGGGGGUGGGUUUUGCGGGACUCUCUGGAACUUAUUGAAAGAAUAAUAAACCACUUUAGCGUUGCGUUCUGUACCGUUACAGGUGCCGUUUACAUUUUAACUGUUUAAAAAUUGAAGUCUGUGGUGAAUAUCUGCUGCUUUACAUCUUCAAUAAGCUGAUACACAAAUUCACACAUCACAAUCCGGUCGUCGGACGACCCGUGGCGUGUGCUAGCCAGCGGUCCAUUUAUCGUGCAAGUAGCAAAGGGCAUCAGAGUGCACAGGAAAUGUGGACAUAUCCCUAAAUGAGAAGAAAUGAGAGCGGCCUUUUAAUCGAGUCGUGAUAACGUGGUUUAUUUUCUAUGUCAAGUGUUUCUAUAGUUACAAAUGUGUUAGUAUUAUAGGUUCUGUGGGGGGUGUAAAGGUGGUGUAUUUUAGGGUAGGUGGGGGGGUGUAAGGGUGGUGUGUUAGUAGUUUAGGGUCGGUGGGGGGUGUAAGGGCAGUGUUUUUGUAAUAUGUUAGUAUUUAAGGUUCGGUGGGGGGUGUUAAUGGGAUUUAAGUGUUUUACAGAUAUUAAAGUGUCUUUUUUAUAUGGAGUAUAAUUAUAAUAAACUUUACUCUGAUGAACGUUACACGGAUGAGUUUCCUUUCAUGUUAGGACACGUGGGCGCCUCAUCACACUCGCAAAGUGACGUCAUUUGCAGGACUUGACGUGGUCCGACGUUCCUUUUCUGUCCUGCCCGUCUCGUACACUCGCUUAGUGGUCGUUAUCUUCCUCUACGAGAUUU